GUGAGACUCUCAUCGCUCGCACAUGGUCAACAUUGAGAACCUUCAACCCUCAAAGUCAACAGUCAUCCCGCACAAUGGGUAUCAUCCGUACCACAGUCAUCACAGGUCUUCUGGGCACCUCGAGCGCAGCCGCCUACCUGGCCGCCCGGAACCCCGUCAUCUCCCCUCUGGCCGCCAACGACCCCAUCUGGGCCUCAAAGGUCUUCAAGAAGCACAACCCCUCGCGCAACCCGGUCACGCAGGACGUCUGUAUCAAGCGCAUCCCCUUUAGCAAGAUCCGCCCGGAGCUGCUGCAGAACGACGGCCCCCUCGCCCUCGAGUUCUGCCGAGGCGUGUGGAGCGGAUGGGGCUUCGCCGUCCAGCGCCGCUAUCUCGACUUCAAGUGGCGCGGCCCCGAGACGAGCCAGCAUCUCUGGACCAACGAGCAGCUCGCGGACAGCACCUACGAAAAGGGCACCGCCAUCACGGACCACUUUGAGGUCGUUGACAAGACACCCUCGGCCAUCACCGUGCGCUGCGGCGACUCGCCCCGGAACCAGGCCCUGCGACCCUCGGACGGUCUCUUUGAGAUCAGCGCCACCAUUGACAGGCAGCGCGAGGAGGUUGAGCUGCGUCUCAAGAGCUGCCUGUUCUCAAGCCAGGGCAAGAUGGACGGGGUCAAGGGCCCGAUGCCCUCGUGGAUGGAGGAGCUGCACCAAUGGUACGCGAGGAUCUGGGCCGAGACGGGAUCCUGGAGGCUCCUCAAGUAAUCAAGAGGCCGUCUCUCUCUGUCUUGCGUGGUUUGUCAGCUCCAUCUGACACAUUCCUGUUGGUCGCCGUUUGUGGCUUUGUUGUUAUCGGGUUCAGCAAGCGCCGUCACACGUCCCUCUUACACGUGGCGCUCCUCCCCGUCCACCCAUGGGCCAUUACCAGCCUCUACUGUGCCCUCCCGACGUCCUGUCAUACUCUCCAGAGUAGGUACUACUUGCUACAUUGGCCUCGCAGCUGCGCGGGCCGCCCUGCGGCCCGUCAAGAAAAUCUGUUCCACAUUGUCUAUCCCAGCGUCACACUGCAUAGGCUAUUCAAACAGCCGUGGGUGGAGUCCCGGUUUUGUUAUUCGUCAUGGAACGCGCACAGUCGGGUUCACCAUGUGGAGAGUUGCAUA